AUGCGAAGCAGGCGUCUCCUUUCGGCGUGGACGGCCAUGGUUCUGGUUCAAGCUUCGGCGCCUGACAUCACCUUCAAGUGCAGCCACAUGCCCGAGGUCUGCACAAACAUGUGCUGGGCCAUGCGCUGCGCGAGUCCAACGUUCCCGCAGACGCUGACCUGGGACGAUACCGACAUGACGUACGCAUUCGACGAGCGGGUUACAGCGGCAGGGUGCAAAAUAGCGGACAACAAGUGCCAGGAGCGGCCCGACGAGCCGGGCUACCUUGGCGGCAUGUUCGUCAUGUGCAGCAUCUAUCCCUUUGUCACGACGAGGGAGAGCGCGCAGUCCAACGGGCACGCGGUGUCUCGGUGUGUUCGGGUAUCCAGGAACGUGUUGAAGGAAUCAAUGCUGCGACGACUAUACCGCCGCUGGAAGGAGCAAGGCUACAGGAGCCACAGGCUGGCGGUGGGCAUCGCGAAUCCCGGCGCAAAAGGGGUCAACUACUGCCUCAACGAGCCCUGCAUCAACGACGGGUUCCAGGUGCAGGACGGGAUGAUCAAGGUGGACAGGGUGGACAAGACGUACGGGCGGAGGAGCGAGCCGCCGCCAUCCUUCAGGUUCUUCAAGACGGCGGCUGGGGUGGUAGUGGCGUCCAUGGAGAAGCAGGAAAUGGGCGCCAACUUUACCCGCACGGCAUAUGACGAGGAAGACGAGGAGGGGGAUGGCGUCUUGCGCGGGCUUGAUUCCUGGGUUGAGGAGGUGGACGGCGGCCAGGUGCGACUGGUGUCGGAUGUAAUGCUGGAAGAGGUGACGGCUCUGCAGGCUGCGCAGGCUGCGCAGUAUUGA